GUUCAAGGAAGCACGUCCUUUUUAAAUAAUUUUUUUAUGGAUAUGUGCGUUUAUUGUUCACUUGGAUAACGCAUUCCCAAUUCCAAGAUGGCGACCGAAUACAAUUUGAAAAACGAACUGCGCUGUCAAGACACCAAACCAAACUUUGACAUCAUGUUUUACACAAACUUCGCGAUGAAUCUAAUCAAAAUAUGUUUAGUGGUUGUCAGCAGCCAUUUUAAAGUUAUUCUCCUGAGCGCAGUGCUGAUACUUUUUCUAUUUAUUCUGUACAAGUCUUAUUGGAGCCCUGUGCUUUAUAAAAAGGAGUUAUCAGAUAUAGGCUACAGCCAUCUGCCGAAGAAGGACAGAGACCUGCACAUCAUCAGGACUCAGAACAACCGGAAGUUUGGCAGCAAGCUCCCCCCUCCAUAUCCUAAUGGAUGGUUCUCCCUGGUGGAAAGUCAGAACUUGGAGGUUGGAGACGUGGUUCCCGUUGAUGCUUUGGGUCUAAACCUCUGCGUGUACAGAGGAGAGGAUGGCAAGGCUCGCAUAGUGGACGCCUACUGCCCGCACCUGGGCGCCAACCUGGCGAUGGGCGGCUCGGUCUGCGGGGACUGCAUACAGUGCCCCUUCCACCAGUGGAGGUUCCACGAUGGUGCUUGUGUGAGCAUACCAGGCAUGGAAACAGUGCCCAAAGGUAUAUCCAUCAAGACCUACCCUUGCAUGGAAGUAGAUGGUUCUGUAUGGGUGUGGUACCACGUUGACGGUGAACCUCCACUCUGGACGGUGGCGGAGAGCGAGGAUAUCAAGAAUUGGGGGUACCGAGGACGGAAUGAGUUCCUGGUCAAUGCUCAUAUACAGGAAAUACCAGAGAAUGGUGCGGAUGUGGCACACCUUAACGCGGUUCACACCGCGUCCAUGUUCUCAGACAUCGGCAUGAAGUAUCCAUUCCUUAAUCAAAUCAUUGGUCAUCACACCUGGGGAGCGGAGUGGGUCAAAGGUGAUGAAGAGCACCUCGCUAACAUAACGAUCUCACAGAAGUACAUUAUCAUGAAGAUGGACGUCUUUCCAUUGAAAGUCACUGUUAAUCAGAUAGGUCCAGCCCACGUUCGCCUGAACUUCAUGUCUCCUUUGGGACCCAUGACAGUGUCGCAGUCAGUAACACCACUAGCACCCUUGUUGCAAAGAGUGGUUCAUCGCGUGUACUCGCCACGCUACAACGCGCCGCUCGGGGCCGCGCUGGUCUUACUGGAGGCGAGCCAGUUCCAAAGAGACGUGGCAAUAUGGAACCACAAACGCUACGUGAGCUCGCCCGCCUACGCCAAGAGCGAUAAAACUAUCCGCACCUUCCGAUCCUGGUUCAGCCAGUUCUAUAGCAGCAACAGCGUAUCCCUGCGAGACGCGAUGCGGAACCCCUUAGAUUGGUAGAUUAAUAGAGUAGGGUAUUUUACCCUUUUUAACCGACUUCAAAAGAGGUGGAGGUUUUUUUUACCCGACUGCGGCAAAGCCAAAAGGAAGGGUUAUGAUUUUAUUUAUGUAUGUUCCUCGAUUUAAGAUUCUUUUUUAGUUAGAAAGGGUAUUCCCAGGUUGUUCCGUGUGUUUGAUGAAGAUCUGAUGCAUAUUUUCAGAGAUGGAGAAAAUAACUAUAGCAUAGC